AUGAAGGCAGUCGUACAACGAGUAGUGAGCGCCUCAGUGGCUGUGGACGGUCAGACUGUCUCGUCUAUUGGGAGAGGAUUGCUCGUACUGGUCGGUAUAGAUCGAUACGACGAGCCCAGCAAUACGACUCAGAUCAUCAGAAAGAUUCUCUCUGCUCGACUGUUCGACGAUGAUCAGGGUAGUAUGUGGAAGAAAAGCGUCAAAGAUAUAGAUGGAGAAGUACUUUGUGUGUCACAAUUCACAUUACUAGCUAAUUUCAAGGGUUCCAAACCUGAUUUCCACGAAUCGAUGUCCACCAUACCUGGCAAAGCAUACUACACAUCUUUUCUUGAUGAGCUCAAAAGAACGUACACUCCAUCCAAGAUAAAAGAUGGCCAGUUUGGCGCUAUGAUGCAGGUAUCCUUGACCAAUGAUGGUCCCGUCACCAUUCUACUCUCUUCCCGAUCAUCUACUUCCUCCAAAUCCACCACUCCCAUUCCCAGUAUCAGCGGAAGUCGAUCCGCCACUCCUGCUCCCGGGACUGGAAACGGGUCCAGCUCUUCCAAAAGGAAGACGAAGACCAAUUCUUUCAAAGGACAAAGUCAUUCUGAAUCGCCUGGCAUAAUGACCUCUGUGCAAUCUUCGAAGGACGGUUUGAACAGCACCGUGGAUGUAUCUUCUAUAUCGUCUAUAACUGGUACAGUCGCCAGUGUGGGAUUGGGCGUAAGGGAAUUGAAUGUGGAUAUGACCGGAUCGAACAGAUCGGGGGAUGUAAACCAUGGUGACUGA